UAAAGAUGAGGCUGAAACACGAGGUUGGUUGUCUCUUCACUUAGGCCUGGCUGGCAAAUCUAGAUGAAACAAAUAAAGUGUGUUGUUUAGCUGGACCUUAGUGUAACUGAAUCCAACAUGGGCAAGAUAAAAGCAGAGAAGAAAUCCAGAAAGAAUCUUGCUGAUGAUAUACUCAGUAAAGAUAGUCUGAAGCAAUCAAAACGUGGAGAAAAAGUCAGAAGUAGGAAGGACAAUGCAGAGGAGUUUGUUGACAAACGCCUUUCUAAGAAGAUAUUGGAACAAGCACGUGAGCAGCAAGAAGAGCUCGAAGAGGAACAUGGCUUACGACUGAAGCCAAAAAAGAAAAGAGAAAAGGAUGAAGUAGAGACUUUUAAAUUUAAAAGUCAUGAAGCUGAUGAUAGCGAGGAGGAAGACGAUGAGGGAAUGGAGGAGUAUGACGAUGACUUCUUAGGCAGCGAAUCUGAUCUUGUAGGCGAAUGCAUAAUUGAUAAAGAGGAUGAAGAUGCCCUUAAUUCGUUUAUGUCCAAAGAACCAAUUGCUAGAAGAACUCUUGCUGAUAUCAUUAUGGAAAAGAUGGCAGAAAAGAAAACAGAAGUAGAAUCUCAGUUCUCAGCUGCUGAUGUUAAACCACAUCUUGAUGAAAAAGUUGUUAAUUGCUACAAGACUGUUGGAAAAAUUCUUAGUAAAUAUAGGUCAGGAAAAAUACCAAAGGCCUUCAAAAUAAUACCUUCACUUGCCAAUUGGGAGGAAAUUUUGCUUCUUACUGGCCCAGACAACUGGACUGCAGCUGCUGUGUAUCAAGCAACAAGAAUUUUCGCUUCAAAUUUCAAUGCAAAGCUGGCACAAAGAUUCUACAACCUUGUAUUAUAUCCAAGAGUGAGGGAUGAUAUUGCAGAAUACAAGAGGCUUAAUUAUCACCUAUACAUGGCUUUAAAAAAAGCUUUGUUUAAGCCUGCAGCCUUUUUUAAGGGUAUUUUAUUGCCGCUGUGUCAAGCUGGUAAUUGCUCUUUAAGAGAGGCAGUGAUAAUUGGAAGCAUUUUGACAAAAUGUAGCAUCCCUGUCUUGCACUCAAGUGCUGCUCUUUUGAAAAUUGCAGAAAUGGAUUACAAUGGAGCCAACAGCGUUUUCCUGCGUCUUCUCAUUGAGAAAAAGUAUGCAUUACCAUACAGAGUUGUUGAUGCUGCUGUUUACCAUUUCCUGAGAUUUCUCUCGGAUGACAGAGAGCUACCAGUUCUAUGGCACCAAGCAAUUCUCAGAUUUGUUGAAAUAUAUAAAGAAGAUAUUGCUAGUGAGCAGAAAGAUGCAUUACUUGAACUCUGUCGUAAGCAUUUCCACCCUAAGAUUACUCCAUUGGUUAGAAGAGAACUGGUUUACUCCAAGUCAAGGGACAAAGAAGAUGCAGUACCAGAGAAAGCUGAUGUAGAAAUGUAGCUAGAUUUUGAAUUGCUAGAAUUCUGGUUGGGUUUCUCUUUCAGUCGUGAAUUAUUUUAUGACGUGCAUCUUUGAAAUCAUUUUACAAAUUGCUGGAGUCUGAA